UGGCACAAUGGCUCACACUUCUUCCCGAACUACUAUCGUAUUCAUUGUUGUUGCUUUGAUUUGUGCGUUCGUUCCUGCAUUCUCUGUUGAAGAAGCUGAAGCAAAAUCACUAUGGGAUACCUGUCUUCUUAAAAUCAGUCCAAAAUGUGCGUUGGAUAUAAUUGGUGUUGUCUUUGAAAAUUUAACCAUCACUGAUGCAUGUUGUCAUGAUCUUGUACAAGAAGGAAAAAUGUGUCACGAUACUCUUAUCAAAUAUAUUGCUGAGAAGCCGCAUUUAGUUGCCCACGAAACAGAGUAUUUGAAGAAAAGUGAUGAUUUGUGGACUCAUUGUGUCUCAGUUUCGCAAACUGCUUAAAAAUAUGUUAUGCUUGUAUUGAUCUACAAAAAUUUUAUUUAACUAUCGUUAAAUUUUAUUUGAUCAAAAAUCGUGGAUCAAACAGUAUGCAAUAUAAAGCGACCAUCAAGUGAAUCUCAUUCUAAAUGAAUCAAUACAUAUAUUAACUCCAUUGAAAAACAAUGUGCUAACCAUACAAGAUUGUUAAACUAAUAACAAGACAUAUAUGAAUAAUUUCAAACAAUAUUGCUUAAUUACUUUGACUUAACUUAUCUUUAAUUUUAAAAAUUAAUUUUCCUCUACGAUUUCAAUCAUUAUUUUUACAUACACUGAAAAUUAUCUUGGGUAAUUUAAAACAAGAA